AUGGCUGAGAGAUUUAAGGAUAGCAUGAUCCAGAGUACGAGAUGUCCUUCAUGUCGAACUCCCUACACUGACCCAAAGGUCCUGUCUUGUUCUCACAUCUACUGUAAUGCCUGCAUAGACAAACUCAUUGAAGACCGUGAUAGUAACCUGAGCAUCCGGUGCAUUGUUUGCCAAGGUGAAACCCUGAUCUCAGACAUACAAGAUGCCAGUACACUACCGUCAGCUCUAGCGUUUAAAAAUGUUAGGUACCAGAUGUGCAAGAAACACCCAGGAGAAGACGAGGAGUGCUUCUGCUUGAACUGUAGGAAAUUCAUUUGCUACAAGUGUGUCGUUGAAUAUCACAAAGGGGAAAGUCAUGAAAUAAUUGGAUCAGCUGACUAUGAAAGCAACCACAUCGAGAGUAUCAAAGUCUUGAGAUCUGAAGUAGACUGCAAAAAUUCUCGCUUUCAGAAGUACGUCGAUUACAUUGAUGAAGAGAAGAGACGUGUGAAGAAUGCUCAGAAGAAAUGUGAAGGUAAAAUCGUAGAAGCAUAUGAUGACUUGGCCAAACAGUUGGCCGAUAGCAAAAAGGAGCUCUUUAAUGAAGCCAGGGAUAUGACUGAAAGAGUAGAGAAAGAACUUGAGGCAAUGAAGCAAUCGGCACUCCAGCAUAUCCGUCAGUUGACAACUGCUGCUGACAUGGUAACCAAUAGGUCAGAGGUACCAUGCGAUAUAGAUAGUUUGGCUGUACAUGAAACUCUGUGUGAAGCCUUACAGGAGACCUUGAAUCUAGAAGAUCCUGACUAUGAACAGUCAAGGAAAUCAAGUAAGAAAGGGAAGAGUAUCACGUUUAAAAGAGGCGUUAAAGAGGACAAGCUAGUAAUAGGCAACAUUGGUGAUUCACUUGGAUAUAAUUUCGCUUUGCGUAUAGAAAACAGCAUAAAUGCUAUGGCGAGGGCACCAGAUGGUAUGAUGGCAGUGGGGUGUUUAACACGUAUAGAAAUCAUUUCUGCUGAUGGUGACCACCAGCAGUCAGUUCUCAAAGAUGUUACCAUUAAGGGAUUAGAUUUCCUAUCUGAUAAUAGAUGUGUUGUACUUGAUGGUUCAAACAACAUCACACUGUACACACCAGAGUACACAAAGAAGAAUGUAAUAUUUAACACUCUUGAUGCUGUAGAAGGUGGAAUGGGAGUCCUCACUGUUGACGGUGAUGAUCGAAUCUAUGUAACCUAUGAGAAAGCCAAGAAGAUCCAGGUAUUCUCAUCAGAAGGGAAUGUAGAAGCAGAGAUACCAUGCCAUGGAUAUGAACCUUAUCAAGUCAGAAGUUACAAUGAUUCACUUAUCGUUUCAUCAUAUUUCUUCAAUAAAAGAGUGCGAUUAAUUGAUAAACAAGGUGUUGUGAAACAUGCAAUGAAGUCAUUUCAUGAAGGACUUUACCCUGCUGUAUCUCGGCGGAAUACUAUCCUGAUCGCCAAAGUCGCGCAUGAAUUAGGGUUAGUAAGCAUUGGCGAGUACACCAACGAGCUGAAGCGUAUGUGGUAUCUUAUUGAAAAUUUCAAGAUCGAGAAGCCUGAGAGACAGUGGUAUUGUCUUCAGCAAUAUCGAUCAGGGGAGCUCGCUUUCUGCACCCCUAAUAAAUUAUAUAUAUUCUACUGA